ACGUACGUUCCUGACCCGGGAUGCUGGAGAGGGCAGCGAGACGCCGGUGUGGUAGCCCUACGCGGGAAAAACCGUAAACCACGAGAACGAGUCGGCGCGUAGUUAUUGCUUCUUCGGCUUUUGGUGCGCGCGCGCACGCGACGUUAGUGCAAUUUAGUUCGCCGACGCGCUUCGAAGUCGACGUACAUACAUUCGUAUACACGACGAUACAUCUCGCUCAGCCGAGUAAAGGGUACAAUAAUUAUCACGUAGUCGGGCAGUGCCGUGAUAAAUAUCGCCUGUUCCUGGCGCCGUUACGUAACCCGUUGGACAGAGUAACUGGUUGGUCCCCGGGUCCAUUCAUCGAACCGACUUCGAUUCCUCGCAUCGCGAAUUUAAAGCAAGCCAGACGCGUUAGGCACGCGUUCCGAGAUACGGUGCGAGGCAGGAAGAGGGGGGGGGAUUGAAAUGCGUAGAUCACCGCGUGGUGUACUCAACAGUUUUCGAUCGCCGACUACGACGACUACGACGACGACCGCAGCACCAGCAGCAUCAGGUAGUCGAAACGCGGAGCUGUCGAAACACGCGGAUCGCGUCCUAAAAGGACCGGAGAGCAUCAGCAGCGCCCAGCUUUUAGAUUCAGCCGCAGUUGGCUCGAGUGCGCCAGUUGAACGGGUUGUGUCGGGAAAAACGUUCGUCUUUUGUCGCGUCGCGGUGUGAAGAUAACUGAAUACGUGAUUUUAAAUAAACCCCGCCCCCAGCUGCCGCCGCGGUAUUGAAAGUGCCCGUUGUGUUUCUUGUGCCGACCUCUUCUUAACGGACAACCUACCCGACGGGGUCACCUCAACGGACGUCUCAUCCACCAGAGAAAUCGAGAUAUGGCGGACCCUGAGAUCGCAGCCUUCGCCAGCGUGCAGGCUCCGCUCCUGGUCUGCGGGAUAUCGAUAAUACUGGGUGUCAUCGGUCUCGUCGUUGCCUACCUCAUCAAUCGACCCAACGAACGCUCGGAGGGGGGCUCAAAGACCGUCGAUAACUUGACGAGUACCUGCAGAAGCCAAAAAGAGACCGUUAACGAGCCAGGAGGAAACGUGACGGCAAAACGUGGGAAAAAUAAAAAACGACGCGAAGCUCAGCAGGAGUUUACACACUCUUGGAUGGUUGGAGCAUUGAAAGGUCACACCGCGCCUGUCCUGGACAUGGAUUACUCCAGUAACGGGAAGUUCCUCGCAAGCUGUGCAGAAGAUUGCGAGUUCGACCCGGAAGAACUGGACCGUGGCGUCGACAACAGGAAGGAAGGGGUCCGCAUCAUCAACGGCGAGUCUCGAUCGGAGUGCAGCGGAUCUUUACCCGCAUCAUCGAGAAGUAUAACCGGAGACGGUGAUGUCGCAUCGGCAACGCCGGUUCAACGAAACCGGAAGGUCCUGAGCCGUCGACAGAGGAAAAAUCGAACUAAAACGCCGCGAGACGCAGGAGUGGCCUCUACGAUCGCCUCGAGCAGCAGCAGCAACAACAGCAGCAGCAGUAGCAGCGGUAGCAGCAGCGGCGGUGAAACUUCUAGCGGAAGUCCAAGCAACACGCCUCCGGGGGUCCGGAGAAAUCGUUCGUCGAGCGCGACUGGCGCUGGCGACGCUAGCGGCGGUGGCACUGCAGGCGGUGGUAGAAACGGAAACUGCGCCUUGGGGAAAAACCGAAAGUCCCAAACCGCCCAAGCCGAGGAUCGUUACAACGCCAGCAAACUCUACGAGAAGCUUAACAUCAGCGCCGCGGAACUUGAGGGCCUUUUACGACACUAUGUGGUCCCAUGUGAUCAGCUCAUCGCCAUGGGCUAUCCGAUGGAGGGAGCCGCCUGCCCUGGUCGUGCUAUCAUAUUUAAAGAUGAAAUCAACUACCGGGCUCCGGUGAACCUCGACGUCAACGCUCGUGAAUUUGUGCCAGCCCGCGGUAAGACCUACAGCGAGAUCACCGCUUCAUGGACUGCGGAGAGGGCCGACAGGUCGGAACGCAGUGAGGACAGCGGACAUUGCAGUGCCAGCUCAAUCGAAAGCUCGGAUGUAGAACCGGAAAGCUCGGACUGCAGUGACAAAGCAUCGGAUAUUGCGGACGGUGGUUUGCCGCUGGGCAAUUCGUCCUCGUCGGCCUCGUCCUCGUCCUCGGACAUAACUAACAUUGGGUUGGAACGGACCUGCGCCAGGUGCUACAAGGGCUUCCAGGUGAGCUGGGAUACUGGGGAGUACCUGAGCACCGAGGGGUGCGUAUACCACUGGGGGAAGUUGCGUAAUCGCAAAUGGGGAUGCUGCGACGCAGGGGAAUACGCCGGAGGAUGUACUUCGGCCAAGCUUCAUGUCUGGACGGGGCUUACCCCAGGCAUAAAUGGACCCAUUUGCGGUUAUGUCCGCACGGAACCUAGAAAAACGCCACCGCCAGAUAGUUGUUACGGUGUAUAUGCAUUGGACUGCGAAAUGUGUUUCACGAGGAACGGUCUAGAACUCGCUAAGGUCACCGUCGUCGCGAUCGACGGUAGACUCGUCUACGAUGCCCUAGUCAAACCUGAUGCAGAAGUUAUCGACUACAACACUAGGUUUAGUGGUAUAACGGCCAAAGAUUUAGAAUGCUCACCAAAGUCUCUACGCGAUGUGCAGAGUGACAUAAUGGGGUUCGUUAACGCGGAUACCGUGCUCAUUGGACACGGCCUUGAAAAUGAUCUUCGAGCCCUGAGGAUAUUUCACUUUACUUGCAUUGACACCGGUGUUGCGUUUCCGCAUCAAUUUGGGCUACCCUUUCGACGCAGUCUUAAAUCGCUAGCUAGGGCUUUACUUAAACGAGAUAUUCAAACCGGGCAUCAUGACUCCGCAGAGGACGCUAGGACAGCCGCCGAACUAAUGCUGUGGCGGCUACGACGUGAUCUAUCCGAUUGCCUAAUCUCUCGAUAACUUAAAGUAUAUCUUACUUCUACGGUGCCCGUCGUCCUACAGCGCGGACAUAGAUAGAAUAGGGAAUACGUUAAUUUAUUUUUACUUUUCCUUAUAAAUGAUGAAUUUUUUUUACGUUUUUUUUUUUGUUUUUUAUUUUUCAUUUCGACUGCCCUUGAAAAACUGGGAUAGCUAUUAUAUACAAUUACUGUGAUACCUACACCCCAUCACCAUCCCCCAUUAUAUCCUCAUCAUCCGUUGUAUUUGUAUGCUAGAACGCGAUAUACUUGAUGUUAUAAUUUACAAAGAGGAAACCAUGAAACUUUUCCUCUUUGCAUACCAUAAUACCUUUCUUCUCGAGUGUAUUUAUACAACAAGGUAGAUAUGUGCAAUACGCAUAUGUGCGUGGUAUAUAUUACAUGUAUGCAUAAUUACGUGCGGAGGAACGCCCAUGGGUCGAAGAAAAAAAAAAAACAUUGUAACGAAAUAAAAAUAAACAUUGAAAUUUGGUACUUUAUAGCAGAUGUUUCUGAAGUUUUUUUUUUUAAAUUCC